AUGGUAGGGCACCUACCACGCGAAAGCACACCUUCUACGUGCAGAUCAGCCAAUGCGGAAGCGCCAGAUGCGUUUCGGCGCUGCUCAUUGUUGUCCCAUCCCAGCGUGGCGUGUGGCAUUCUAGAAUCUAAAAGUCCACAGCAACAAGGGUGUAAAGAUGCGGAUAAAGCGAGCCCGCCAGCGCGCAUGGCGCUGGCGGACGAUCCCCCCGAGGUGUGGGUGGUGGACGUGGGGCGCGACCGCGAGGCCACCAAGGACGCGCUCGUCACGGCCGUCAAUGACGCCACGGCCGUCAUCUACCGCGUGCUGCUGCGACUCGUCACCACGGGCGCCUCGCCGGCUGGCGCAGGACAUGCAGCGGGAGGCGGAGCAGGGGGGGCAGGGGGCGCGGGAGCAGGCGAGGGUGAGAAGGGCGCAGGGGGGGAGGAAGAGCGGGACUCACCGCAUGCGAUGCUGUUGCCAUACAAAGAGUUUGCAGAGAAAAUGGAUGUAGCGGCGGACACGUUUGUUGCCCCCACGGACAAGCGCGAGAGGGCGCUGUGCCAUGCCGUGCUGGCCGGGGAGGCCUCGCGCCUCUACAUUGGCCAGCGCAAGAAGCUGUUCAGCAAGAGCUCGAGCCUGCCAGCAUACUGUGCGAAGCACCUGCCGUACACGUGCGACAUCAUAGUGGUGCAGGCGGGCCGCAAGGCGGACGAGGAGUCGCGGCGGGCAUCAAAAGCGGAGGCAGAAGCGGAGCGCGUGCGGCACGAGGCAGCAGAGCUGGCAGCAGCAGCAUCCGCCACUCUCGCCAAGGCACAGGAGCAGUACGCCCUCAGCCGCCAAGUGCAGCAGCAACAACAACAGCAGCAACAACAACAGCAGCAGCAGGCGCAGGCGCAGGAGUUCAGAGAGUACAGCAUAGAGGAGCUGGCGCGUGCGUGCGACAUGUGGGACGAGGAGAACCUGGUGGGCGAGGGCGGGUACGGCACGGUGUACAGGGGCGUGCUGGAGCACUGCCCCGUGGCCGUGAAGUGCCUCAAGACCGCCAACAGCAACCAGGCUCUCAAAGAGUUCAAGAAGGAGAUGGACGUGCAGAGGGGGCUGCGGCACCCAACAGUGGUGCUGCUGAUAGGGUGCUGCCACGACCCGCCGUGCCUGGUGUACGAGCUCAUGCCGCACGGGUCGCUGUACGACCGCCUCGUGUGCGACCACGCCUCGCCCCCCAUGCCCUGGCCCCACCGCUUCAACAUCUUCGAAGACACCUGCAAGGCGCUCAUUCACCUGCACAACCGGCGCCCAGCCAUCGUACAUCUGGACCUGAAGCCAGCGAACAUCCUUCUGGACGGCAACAUGCGGGCGAAGCUGGGCGACGUAGGACUAGCGCGCUUCAUGGUGGGCAUGGACAGCGGCAAGAGCUUCAUCCAGCAGUCCGUGGCCGUGGGCACGUUCGGCUACGUGGACCCGCACUUCCUGCGCACCGGCCAGUUCAGCCGCGAAUCAGACAUCUACUCCCUCGGCAUGGUCCUGCUCGACAUGCUCCGCGGAAUCGACACCUCUAAGAAACCCGCGGGAGGAGAAGGGGGGGGAGCAGGGGGGGCGGCGCGCAGGCACGUGGGGGACCGCGUGGCGGCCUUAGAGGCGCUGGAGUCGUGUGUGGCGGCGGGGGAUGUGGAGCGGUUACAGGGGUUGCUGGACCCGACGGCUGGCACGUGGCCGCCGGGGGUGGCGAUGCGGCUGGUGGAGAUCGCACGGCGGUGCGCAGCGUUCAAGCGCAAGGAGCGGCCGGACCUGUCAAGAGACGUGAUGGCCAUGCUGGCGGAGAUGAAACCCGCUGUCAUGCGCGCCGCCAAGCAGCAGCGCGACCUGGGACUGCUGAAAGAUGACUUCUGGGGUGGCGGUGGCGGUGGCGGUGGGGGUGGCGGGACGGGAGGGGGGAUGGAUGAUGAUGAUGAUGAUGAUGAUGAUGAUGAUGAUGAUGAUGAUGAUGAUGAUGAUGAUGAUGAUGAUGAUGAUGAUGAUGAUGAUGAUGAUGAUGAUGAUGAUGAUGAUGAUGAUGAUGAUGAUGAUGAUGAUGAUGAUGAUGAUGAUGAUGAUGAUGAUGGUGAUGAUGGUGAUGAUGGUGAUGAUGGUGAUGAUGGUGAUGAUGGUGAUGAUGGUGAUGAUGGUGAUGAUGGUGAUGAUGGUGAUGAUGGUGAUGAUGGUGAUGGUGGUGAUGGUGGUGAUGGUGGUGAUGGUGGUGAUGGUGGUGGUGGUGGUGGUGGUGGUGGUGGUGGUGGUGGUGGUGGUGGUGGUGGUGGUGGUGGUGGUGGUGGUGGUGGUGGUGGUGGUGGUGGUGGUGGUGGUGGUGGUGGUGGUGGUGGUGGUGGUGGUGGUGGUGGUGGUGGUGGUGGUGGUGGUGGUGGUGGUGGUGGUGGUGGUGGUGGUGGUGGUGGUGGUGGUGGUGGUGGUGGUGGUGGUGGUGGUGGUGGUGGUGGUGGUGGUGGUGGUGGUGGUGGUGGUGGUGGUGGUGGUGGUGGUGGUGGUGGUGGUGGUGGUGGUGGUGGUGGUGGUGGUGGUGGUGGUGGUGGUGGUGGUGGUGGUGGUGGUGGUGGUGGUGGUGGUGGUGGUGGUGGUGGUGGUGGUGGUGGUGGUGGUGGUGGUGGUGGUGGUGGUGGUGGUGGUGGUGGUGGUGGUGGUGGUGGUGGUGGUGGUGGUGGUGGUGGUGGUGGUGGUGGUGUGGUGGUGGUGGUGGUGGUGGUGGUGGUGGUGGUGGUGGUGGUGGUGGUGGUGGUGGUGGUGGUGGUGGUGGUGGUGGUGGUGGUGGUGGUGGUGGUGGUGGUGGUGGUGGUGGUGGUGGUGGUGGUGGUGGUGGUGGUGGUGGUGGUGGUGGUGGUGGUGGUGGUGGUGGUGGUGGUGGUGGUGGUGGUGGUGGUGGUGGUGGUGGUGGUGGUGGUGGUGGUGGUGGUGGUGGUGGUGGUGGUGGUGGUGGUGGUGGUGGUGGUGGUGGUGGUGGUGGUGGUGGUGGUGGUGGUGGUGGUGGUGGUGGUGGUGGUGGUGGUGGUGGUGGUGGUGGUGGAGCUGAUGCAGUGGCCAGUAAUAGCAGCGGACGGGCACACGUACGAGCGAGCGGCCAUGCAGCAGUGGGUGCAGCAGCACAGCGUGUCUCCACGCACGGGGCGCCCCUUACCGCACACGCACCUGCAGGACAACCUGCUCGUGCGCUCCCUCAUUGCCGACUGGGUCCAAUGCCAUGGCGGCCUGCUGCUGCGGUCGGAGGUGCUUGAGGAGGGCUGCUCAGAAGGCCCCUCGGAGGAAGGCGGUGAGGGGGAUGAGGGAGGAGAAGACGAGGGGGCGGAGGAGGGGGCGCAGGACUGGGCGUCGUAUGUGGAGGAGCUGGGGGACAGUCUCCUGCCUCUGGGUAUUCACAGUGAAGUGUGUGUCCCGGGCGAUGGCGGCAGUGUGCCUGGAACGGACGGUGAGGAUGGGCUCGCUGCAGUCGGUGCGCCUGCGGGGCGCAAGGUGAAGGAUGUGGCUUCAGUGUGA